AUGGGUUUUGUGAAGAAGUGUAUGACAGUUUGGGGAAGCAACAAUAGAUUGUAUCCAGAAGAAACUUGCAGUGGAAGCUAUGGAAAAUUAUCAUCAGACAGGAGCAACAAACAAAAAGAUAAUAAUAAGAAUACUAAGAAAGCACCAAAUGGCUGUGUUUGUGUCUAUGUUGGAUCUGAGAGACAAAGAUUCAUAAUCAAGAUCAAAAUAUUCAACCACCCUUUGUUCAAAACGCUUUUAGAAGAUGUUGAGAAUGAAUAUGGAUAUAGAAACGAUGGUCCUCUAUGGCUUCCUUGUCAUGUUGACUUUUUCUGUGAAGCACUAGAGGAUAUUGAGAGUGUUGAGGAUGAUAUCGGUUUUGUAGGAUGUAGCUUUCCAAUGAAUCGCAAGCCCAUCACAGUUUUCAAUUCGUCACUGUCUUGA